UGUUUUUCAGUACAGUAAACACGGUGCUGCUGACAAGCGAUUCACGCAUGGACUCAAUCAAAUACACCGGCGGCUCUAGUUCUGCAUUUGGACCGAGGUGAUAAAGACUGCAUGUGCUCAUCAUGAUGAGGGUCUGUCAUGUUUCACAACUGUCAGCAGAUCAGAGGAACAGCGGAAAAGUUGGACGGAGGAAGUUGCAGUGAAGCCCAUGUUAGCCAACAGCGCUAGCUCGAUCAGCUCAAACAUCAAUUAUUUGACAUUUAUAUGCUAUUUAAUUCACUGUAGCAUAUAUGCAAAGGUGUAAAUACUGUUUAUAAUCACUUGCAUUGAGGUUUUGUGUCGCCCCGUUGUUCGUUUUUGGUCAAGUGAUUUUAUUAGCUUGACAGUUGCUAGCUGUUAUUUGAACUACCUCUUCUUUCUGUCAGGAUAUGUUGUUUGAGAGAUUAUUUACCAUAGUCUGCGUGUUUUACGUUAUUUACGCACAACAUAUUUACAUUAUUACUAUUUGAACCAUUUAAGAUAUGGGAAUCUAAAGGUGUUGCUCAAAGGUUGCUAUAUGUCAUUGCUCAAGAGACUUGAAGGACUUCUCAGUUGUGUCAUUGAUGCAGAAACAAAAAUAGGCUGAAUUAAUAACUCGACCAUUAUUGACCUAGAGAAACAGUAUAGACAGCUAUAAAAUAACGUGUAUAGUAUAGGUCAGAUAAAUUGUUCUUGAAUGAAUUUAAUGAGACAUGGUUGAGGUUAUAUUGAGAGCUCUGACUUCUGAUCUCUGACUUCUGAUAGCAAACUUUGGUAUCUUAGCAAAUAUAAGCACAGUUUGUGACAUUGUUGGGAUCUCUUCUGAAUCUCCAGAGGAGACACUUGGGAUCGAGAAGAAAGACAAGUCUCAAAUUGAUCUCCAUUUAAGUCUGCAUUUGAGAUUUGCCCAGAAACAUUUGAGAUUUCCAGUGAAUUGACCAACUUGAAAAUAAUAAUUGCAAUUGAAACUGUUUAAAGGCCUUUUAAAUUAGUUUACAUGAAUAUAUUGGUCAUAUAGCUGUGAACAUUAGAGAUAUCUACUUUCCAAGAACUUUUCUCAGUAUUAAUAAGCUACGAUCAAAAUGUCUGUGUACUCAAAAUUGCCUUCCCAGCUCAAGAAACCCUUUGUGAGAAAGACUGUUCUCCUUCUACUUGCUCUUUAUGGGGCAAAGAAACUAUCUCCUUAUGUAUAUGGCAGACUCAAAGGAAGGACUAGUAAACAGGUUAAUGGCGCUGACCCGGUGAACUCCAAAGGAGACUCUCAAGAAGUUGCAGAGAGCAGAAAAAAGAAAAACUCUCCAGCUGUGAACCGUGAAUUCUUGGAGAGAUUGAGUCAUCUCUUGAAAAUCCUCUUUCCUCGCUUUUUCUGCAAAGAACUCGGCCUGCUCGGCUUCCACUCUCUCGCCCUCAUUUCACGCACCUUUCUGUCCAUUUACGUGGCCAACUUGGAUGGGAAAAUUGUGAAAACCAUAGUGAAGAAAGACCCCAGGGCGUUUGUGGUGGAGUUAACCAAGUGGCUACUCAUUGCCAUUCCGGCCACUUUUGUGAACAGUGUAAUCCGUUACCUGGAAGGUCAGCUCGGCCUUGCCUUCCGCACCAGGCUGGUCACUCAUGCCUACAUGCUAUAUUUCAGUGACCAGACAUACUAUCGUGUCAGCAACAUGGAUGGUAGGUUAGCAAACCCUGACCAGUCCUUAACAGAAGAUAUGGUCAUGUUUGCCGGCUCUGUGGCUCAUCUGUACUCAAACCUAACCAAACCAAUUCUCGACGUGGUGGUCACCUGUUACACACUCAUAAAAACUGCUGAGUCCAAAGGUGCCAACACUACAUGGCCCUCUAUCAUAGCUGGCAUCGUGGUGGCACUUACCGCCAAGGUUCUGAGAGCGUUCUCGCCCCGCUUUGGUAAACUGGUGGCUGAGGAGGCCAGGAGGAAAGGGGACCUGAGAUACAUGCAUUCACGUAUUAUCGCCAAUUCAGAGGAGAUCGCCUUCUAUGGGGGACAUAAGAUCGAGAUGUUGCAGCUGCAGCGGAGCUACAGCGCGCUGUCCAAGCAAAUUAACCUGAUCCUGUUCAAGAGAUUGUGGUAUGUCAUGCUUGAGCAGUUCCUGAUGAAAUAUCUCUGGAGUGCAUCGGGCCUGGUCAUGGUCGCUGUGCCCAUCAUCACUGCUACCGGGUACUCUAAAUAUGAUUCAGAGGAUGUGAAGCAAGCAGCCAUGGUGAUGAAAGAGGAGGACUUGGUGAGUGAACGCACACAGGCCUUUACCACGGCCCGAAACCUUCUAAAUGCUGGAGCUGAUGCUGUGGAGAGAAUCAUGAGCUCCUACAAAGAGGUCACAGAACUGGCUGGAUAUACGGCCCGUGUGUAUGAGAUGUUCAAGGUGUUUGAGGAUGUGCGUGUCGGGGUGUACCGCCGCUCGGCCGUGGAGGUGAAGCCAGAGGAGAUGGGUGAUGCUCAGGAGGUGAAACAUGGCAUGCGAGUGGAAGGACCGCUGCAAAUCAGAGGUCUGGUGAUCGAUGUGGAACAGGGCAUCAAAUGUGAGAAUCUGCCCAUUAUAACCCCUACAGGUGAUGUGGUGGUUUCCUGCCUGAACAUCCAGGUUGAUGAAGGAAUGCAUCUACUCAUCACAGGACCCAACGGUUGUGGAAAAAGCUCUCUGUUCAGAAUCCUGAGUGGUCUGUGGCCCGUCUACAGUGGAGUUCUCUACAAGCCUUCACCUGAGCACAUGUUUUAUAUACCUCAAAGGCCGUAUAUGUCAGUGGGAACGCUGCGAGAUCAGGUGAUCUAUCCUCACUCUGUUCAAGAAAUGCUGGAGAAAAAUUUCACUGACCAGCAACUGGAAGACAUCCUUAAAACGGUAAACCUCUGCUACAUCCUGGAGAGAGAGGGAGGUUGGGAUGCAGUGAGCGAUUGGAAGGACGUGUUGUCUGGAGGAGAAAAGCAGAGGAUGGGAAUGGCCAGAAUGUUUUACCACAAGCCCAAAUACGCUCUGCUGGAUGAGUGCACGAGUGCUGUGAGUAUUGAUGUGGAGGGCAAAAUCUUUGAAGCAGCGAAGGAUGCUGGGAUUGCGCUUCUCUCUAUUACACACCGUCCAUCUCUCUGGAAGUACCACUCCCACCUGCUGCAGUUUGACGGCGAGGGUGGCUGGCGCUUCGAGAAGCUGGACGCCUCCACUCGGGUCUCCCUGCAAGAUGAGAAGCACCGACUCAAAACCCAGCUCUCAGGAAUUCCCAAGAUGCAACAGCGCCUGGCAGAGCUGUGCCACAUUCUGGGGGAGGACAGCAGCCUGCCGAACCCAGGGGAGGUGGAGGAGGAGGAGGAGGGUGGGAAGGGGGGAGAGAGGGAGCAGCAGAAAAGAAAGGAAGGGGAGAUGGAGAGAGAUGUGAUGUCUGCUGGAAAAGACAAAGACAUUAUGGAGUGAUUUGCAGACAGAUGACAGAUGUAUCCAAGGCCAGGUGUAAGUGUUUGUGUGUGUGUGUGUGUGCACAUAAGGGCUGGGCGAUAUAGCAAAAAUCAAUCAAUGCCAAUAUAUAUUUUAUUGUUUAAUAUAUUUCUUCUGGAAUUGCAUAGAAGGGUUUUUUUUAUCACUGGUGAUGUGUGUAUUCAAAUUAUUUACUUAAGAAAUUAAAUAUAAUAAAAAGGCAUGUCCACACUGUUUUCCCUGGUUGAAAACAAAGAAGAUUGAUACUUAAUCAUACUUUAUAUUUUUACUUAAGUAUUUUAAUACACUAAAAAUGCCAUGUGGAUACUUCCGUUGAACAUUUUUGUGUGAUGACCCAAAAAAAUCGUUUCAAGUAGUUUUUAAUCAGUUCACUGAAAUAGAAAGUUUGAAGUGAUUUACAAAAAUGAAUCAUACUUGCAUUUACAUUCAGGUAAGAGAUGCUAUUAAAACAUAUCUGUCUUUACGCUCUCAUACUUGCAAGUUGCGAGAGAAGAAACAACUGCAGAACUAGUUUUUUACUAAACUUUAUGGCUGAAUAAAAAGUGUAUUACAAUCAUUGUAAUAUUCGCAAUAUAACCUAAUUUUAUAUCACCAGCAAAACCACUGUAAAAACAUGAUGGAUAUUCGAUAUAUUGUUUAGCCUUAAGCUGCGUUCACACUGCCAGCGACAUGCAGCGACAAAGCAACCUCAUCUCAUUCAUUUUCAAUGGGAGCUGGCGACUUCCAGCAACACGAGCAACGGUGACCGUUGGCGGACGAUGUGGGCGUGUCCAGCGACGCAACAUAGUUAAGACAUUUUUUACUUUAUGCAAAUGAAGAGCGACUUACAGGAGCGACAGCCAAUACGAGAGAUGGUAGAGCUUAUGUGACCCUAAUAUUUUAACAGUGUUGUUUAGACUCCAUAAACACCACUAGCGACCUAACCGCAUAGCCACUGGCGACAUGCAGCGACAAAGUAGCUGGCAGUGUGAACGCAGCUUUAGUGCACGAAUUGAGUAAUGUAACAAUAAAAAAAGGCAUUUUCACCACUGUUAAGUGAUAGACGUAUAAUAUACUGUUAAGAAUAAUACAUUAUUUAUUUAUAUCCACAAAUAUAACUGCAAAAAACAGUAAUAUUUACAUAAAUAUGUUUUUACUAAAGCAUUUGAAUACACUAAAAAUGCCAUGCAGAGACUCAAGCAAUAACCCAAAAGAAUUGUUUUGAGUUGUUUUGAAUUGAUUCACUUAAACAGAAUCAAACCAUACAGGUAAGAGAUGCUGUUAUUACGUUACAAUAUGUUUUAACGCUCUCAUACUCACAAGAUGUGGAACAAUUGCGGCACUGGUUUUAAGAAACUGGAUGGCUAAAGAAAAAGCUCAGUAAAAUCAUUGUGAUUAUUUUAUAUAUAUCACCCAGCCGUAGUGUGCAUGUUGCUGCACACAAGCAUUGUAGAUGCAUGCCGUUUAUAAUGUGUUUUAAAACGCACAGUAGUGAACUCUUCUAUAGCUUUUGUUAGCUCUAUAAAGACAAUACAGUUGUGUUUGUUUAUGUGUGUGUGCAUGCGUGUGUGUACUCCAGACAGGGUGUGUUUUGAAGGGGGGGAUGAGACAGCUGCCAACUCGACCAGGUGUGGCAGAUGAUGAAAGCACCUAUGAAAGCUGUUCCUCUCGCUCGUUAUCGCUGUUCUCUGAAGAAUUCUCUUGAAAUCUGCGCAACACAGGCGCUGCGUGCACGUGUGUGUGUGUGUGUGUGUGUGUGUGUGUGUGUGUGUGUCUUUAGGGAAAGGGUAAGAGUCCAGAUUGGGCUCUGCUGUUUUGUGUCAUAAUGUGCAGUUCAUCAGUGGCAUUUUUAAACUUCUAAGUAGUUGCCACGAAUGCUGUAUCUCAAAUCUGUGCCAUGUUUUACUAAAACUUUUAUAAAAAGGGUAACUUUGCCCUUGGUACAUAUGAUAACCAUCUUUAUGUCCAUUAGAUUUCAAUUGGUGUUUAGAUUAUGGCCAUAUUUGAAUAUUGGAAUCUGGUCAAAUUCAGAUUAUGUUGGUAUCAUGGAAACGUGUGACUCCAGUUGCCAGCGUGAUUCUUAAUAUUCAUAUUCAUCAAUAUUCUUCUUUCUAGAAAUCUGAAUAAGACAGCUGGAAAGUGUCUUCAUUUAUAUCUCCAUGUCAAAAUGAAAGUUGUGAUUGCUACAAGACCAACCGUUCUAAACAAAAACAUCAAGCUAUCAAAACACAGUUUUGGAGAAAUGUACAUUUACAUACAUUACCGAAAUUACCAUAAAUCAAUAUCCAGAUGAGCGAGAUCACCAUGAGAGUCUUAUGUCCUACAGUUUGUAAUAUAUUGCAUUCUUGUCUGACACUGUCAAGGACAUAAAUGAGAUUUAAUGAGUUGACGGUGCAGAAUUCAUAAAAAAAUGAAUGGCAAGAGCAUCUCCAAUAUUUACGAAGAGCAUGGAACGAAAAGUUCAUGUAUGUUUUAGUUUAUUUUGAUUAUAUGUCCAUUCAAUUUAUACAAUAAUAUUCCAAUAAAUGUGAAGCACGUCAAAGUCUUUUUAGAAUAAAAGUUUGACUAGAAUAUGGACACUAAUGGAAAAUGAUGUGCGUGUUUAUGUGGUCAGUAUGAAAUUACUAAUUUUAAAAUGUAACCUUAUUUCUUUUUUAGGGGUUAUUUGUGUAAACAAUCAGUGAGAAGCACCUUAGAAGGAACAUUUUCCAAUUAAAAUUAAAUUUCCCUUCUUUUAUCGUCAUAAGUUAGACAUCAUUUGAACGCCAAUCUCUAGUUAUGACAAUUAGAGGAGAUAAUGUUUGUUUAAUAAUUAGAUCUGAUGUUUUUUAGAAAUUAAAAAUAAGGGUUUGAAUCUUAUUCUGAGCACAGGGCCUGAAGGAGCGCCCACAAUGACAUUAUCAUUAAAUCUGUUCUAGCCAGAGGUGAUGCUGUGUGAAACAUUUUAGGGGGAUUACCACUGUAGUACCUAAACAUUAACAAGACCAGCCGAGACAUUUCUUUAAAGUGUCUUUAAAAUUUCAAAUCUUUUAUCAUUCAAAAUGCUUAUGCCUCUUGUCUGCUUAGCUAGAGUUCAAUCACUUGAAAGAUGUUUGAUGAUUGUAAUAGAAUAUUAUUUACUGUUUUAGAAAACAUUACCUUUAAAAACAAUUGUCUACAAUAUUUGUAUGACAUUGCAUUUUAUAAUAAUGACUGUAUUUCUUUUUUUUAAUAUUUUAAAAUAUGAAACUUUGCACAAAUAAUAAACAGAUAAUUUUGUAUCUUGAUCCACAACAUUAUAAUCUGUAUUGCAAGACACUUCAAUUUGAUGUCUUUCAUAGCACAAAUGUUAUGUAUUUUCUUUAAGUAUGAUACAAGUGAUUGCAAUGUGAUUGGUUUAUUAUCCGACCCUUUGCACAUGUGCCUUAACUAUUAAACAAAAUCUUUAUCCUUGCAAUCUAAUAAAACAUUU